AUGGCUUCACGAGAUCCGGAGAUCUGCGACGAUGGAGGCGGUGGUGGCAGCCUCAAAAAGCCACUCCUCCAUACCGGAAGUUGGUAUCGUAUGGCUGGUAUGAGCUCCAGGCAGUCCAGCAUUUUAGGCUCUUCCGCUCAAAUUCUUCGAGAAUCCGUCUCAAUUUUCCUCUGUGUUUUCAUAGUCGCAUUGGGCCCCAUUCAGUUUGGGUUUACUUGUGGGUAUUCAAACCCUACGCAAGCAGAUAUCAUUGCCGAUCUUAAACUAAAAAUUUCGGAGUUCUCCGUGUUUGGUUCUUUAGCAAAUGUGGGUGCUAUGGUCGGUGCAAUAGCAAGUGGUCAGAUUGCGGAAUACAUUGGACGAAAAGGGUCAUUGAUGAUUGCUGCAAUUCCUAACAUACUUGGGUGGCUUGCUAUUUCAUUUGCCAGAGAUUGUUCAUUCUUGUAUAUGGGAAGGUUAUUGGAAGGCUUUGGUGUUGGAGUAAUAUCUUACACGGUUCCUGUAUAUAUUGCUGAGAUUGCACCUCAAAACAUGAGAGGUAGCCUCGGAUCUGUUAACCAGCUCUCUGUCACUAUUGGAAUACUGCUGGCAUACUUUUUGGGACUUUUUCUUCCAUGGAGAGCACUGGCAGUUUUUGGAACUUUGCCAUGCAUUUUUCUGAUACCUGGUCUAUUUUUCAUUCCUGAAUCUCCACGCUGGUUGGCCAAGAUGGGGUUUAUGGAAGAUUGUGAAACCUCUUUGCAAGUUUUGCGGGGAUUUGAUACUGAUAUUUCCGCUGAAUUUAAUGAGAUCAAGAGAUCUGUAAUAACAUCAGGCAAAGGAGCUACAAUCCGAGUUUCUGAACUUAAGAGAAGAAGAUAUUGGUACCCUUUAAUGGUAGGGAUAGGAUUACUUCUUCUUCAGCAACUUAGUGGUAUAAAUGGUGUUCUAUUCUACUCAAGUAACAUCUUCAAUUCAGCCGGAAUUUCGUCCGGCAAAGCUGCAACGUUAGGACUUGGUGCUAUUCAGGUUGUUGCUACUGGAGUUACAACAUCGUUGGUGGACAAAAGUGGUCGCAGAGCUCUUCUAAUGCUGUCUACAUUUCUCAUGGUUGCAAGCAGCCUUCUUGUUUCAAUGAGUUUCUUCUUGAAGCUCCUCGUCUCUAAAGAUUCGUCCUUCUAUGGCUUCUUGGGAAUGUUGUCACUUGUUGGACUAGUGAUUAUGGUGACCGGCUUCUCUCUAGGACUCGGACCUAUUCCUUGGGUUAUAAUGUCUGAGAUACUUCCGGUAAACAUCAAGAGUCUCGCUGGCAGUGUAGCGACACUUUUUAAUUGGUUGGCAGCUUCAGUUAUUACAAUGACAGCACCACUACUCUUAAACUGGAGCAGUGGAGGAACAUUCAUCAUCUAUGCUGCUGUGUCUACUAUUGCACUGAUGUUUGUGAAACUAUGGGUUCCUGAAACAAAAGGAAAAACUUUGGAAGAAAUACAAUUUUCCUUUAGAUGACAUUGUUAUGACAUGAUCCUUACAGGGAGGCAAGGAGCUUCACGAGACCUUCGACACGAACCAGGUGACCUGCCUUCUUUACACCUUCAACU